AUGGAUAAAAAACGAUGCUUUGGACCAUGCUGUAGACUCAAUGUCGAAUAUGCAUGCAAAUGUACUUCUCCUGAAACUUAUUUAUGCGAGGAGCACUUAACAGAGCAUUGCAAGAAAACUCAAGUAACUCAUCCCUUUUAUCAUUUAUCUGUAAACACUUUUGAAGGAACUAUAAAAGCAAUUCUUGACUUUUUUGAGGGGGAGUUGGCUGAAAAAACCAAAAUUAAAAGCAAGUUAAUAGUUUGCCUUGGUCAAACCAUUUCUGGCUUGGAAAAUACCCUCAAAAUGCUUUUAAAAGAGAUUGACUCUGAUUUCGACAAAUUAAACAUGUAUAUUGAAAAUCCUUCUAAUUUUCAUCACUUUUCUUAUAAUGGCCUAGAAACAGUUGAGAAAGUUCGAGAAUGAUGUGCGAGCAUCUUAACCCCUACCGAGGUUUUUCAUUCAUAUGGCGAAAUGGCAAAGAAAAUUGAUAAGAUGAUAAGAAACUUAAAUAAAACAAUAGUUGAUUGUAUUCAAAAUAGAGGAACUUCAAAAUCAAAGAAAAUUGAACAAAAUGAUGAAAUUAGUGCUGAGGCAGAACCUGGUUUAAUUCAAAUAGAACAAAUUGAAGAAAAUGAUAAAAAUAAUAGAAAUUUACAUGAUGAGGUGGUCCCAUAUAGCCAAAACAGAGAAGCGGCUCAGGUUAAUUCAAAUGAAGAUGUCUCAUACAAUGAAAUAGGAAAUAUUUUAUAUAAUGAAUAUGCAUAUGAGGACGCAAUAAAAAGCUAUAAUGAGGCAAUUAAAAUUGAUCAAAACAAGUUUUAAAUUAGUUUAUAUUAUUAUUGAAUAACUCUUGAAUAGUCAUGUUGGCUUCAUCACUCUAUCGCUUUUCAGCCUGAGCACCAAUAUUAUUGCGUUCCUUUUCUCAGGCAAGGGCUUGCGCUCUCAACUUGAGAUUUAGGAGAAUAGGUUAUUAUGUUGAGUGCCAGCAUGGCUAUCUUUUCAUGAAAUUAAAAGAGCGAAUUUUCUGGUUAGGUCGCCGAAAAAGAUGAAGCACGUCCUCCAGGCCCAAUUCCAGGCAUCUUUGAGAUGCUCGCUUUUCUUUACUUCAAAGUUCCGUCUCCCUACAAGUAAAAAGCUGAUUGGAUAUGAGCUCUGGGUCAGUCAUCUCAGCACUGCUGCUCCACUGAAAACAAGUAAAUCAGGCUGGACACCAAUUAAACUCUGCUCUCCUUUCCACAAGGUCCUACAGAUGUUAAAAAGGGGAAGGUUAAUUCUCCAUGCCAUUUUUUAUGUGUGGUCAAAACAAUUCAGUUUAUUAUAUAAACAAAGCGAAGGCUCUAACUCCCGCAUUUUUAAAUUGGAACAAAAUAUCUGCGAAAUUUUCCCCCUUAAAUUGAAAAAAAAGUUUCUUCUUCAUAUUAAUUUUUAUAAAUUAAUUUAACAGAAAAAAACACAAAUAGAAUGUCAUUAGCAGCUUUCUUACUGAAUCUAUUAAAUUUUUGAAAUUUAUGUUUAAUUUAUAACUUCUCCUUAAUUAGAGCUGGAUUGUUCUAAUUUUAAAGGUGAGGAUUAAAUAAGCUAGGCAAAAAAGAAGAAGCCUUAGGGUCUUUUAGUCAAGCUGCUAAAAUUGAUCCAGAUAACGAGGAGCUCAUAAAGCCUUAUAAUAAAGCUACCCUAGUUGAACAAAUUAAUGAUUUGGAAUGCAUAGAUAUCGGAAAUACUUUCUAUGGCAGAAAAAAAUAUGAAGAAGCUUUAAAAUAUUAUAACAUUGCCAUAAAAAUUAACCCAAAUAAUGGCAAUCUUUAUAAAUACAAAGGAGAUGCUUUAAAGGGUUUAAAUAGAAACAAAGAAGCUAUAAACUACUAUAAUCAAGCUAUUUGAAUCAAUCCAAAAGAUCAUAAUGCUUAUAAUGGGAUCGGAAUUAUUUACUCUGCUGAAAAGAAAUAUCAAGAGGCCAUAAAAUACUAUAGCGAUGCCAUUAGGAUAAACCAAAAUAACGAAGUCUAUUAUUUCAAUAAAGGAGAUGCUCUAAUGGAGUUAGGAAGAAACCAAGAAGCCAAGGAAUUCCUCAACAAAGCUAUUAGCAUUUGUCCAAGAUAUGAUAAAGCAUAUAAUAGCUUGGCAAAUAUCUUUAAAAGAGAAAAGCAAUAUCCAGAAGCUAUAGGAUAUUAUAAUAAAGCAAUUGAAAUUAACCCGAAUUGUGCAGCCUAUUUUUUAAAUAAAGGAAUAGCUCUUAGUGAAAUUAAAAGAAACGAGGAAGCUAUUGAGUGCCUAAAGCAAGCUCUUAGACUCUAUCCAAAUUAUAAAGAAGCAUAUAAUAACUUAGUCCCCCUCCGUGAGCGAAGAAAAACUAUGGAAAAGUCUCUAUUUUUUACCCUCCAUGAGCGGACAAAAUUUUUUUGAAAAAAAUAUUUGAUAUAUGAAUUAUAAUUAGAAUAAUGAAAUCUCUAGCUAAUUUGUUUAAUUUUAAACAGCUCACAUUUUAAAACAUAAAAAAUAAAUUAAUAUAAUUUUUACUUUUUCAAUUUUUUCCAUUUUAUAAUUUUUUUCAAAUUUUUAAAAAAAAUUACCAUAAAAUUAUACAUAAUGCUUUUUUUAAAAAAAAAAACUUACCCUCCCAUGAAAGAACAACAGUUUUUUGUUUCCUCAUGGGGGAAUUAGGGAAAUAUAUUUUAUCAAGAAAAAAAAUAUCAAGAAGCUGUAGUAAACUACAGUGAAGCAAUUAGAAUAGAGCCAAAUAUUUCAAUUUAUCACUUGAAUAAAGGAAAUGCUCUAAUUAAGCUAUCGAGAAGCAAAGAGGCAGCAAAAUGCUUUAAUGAAGCUAUCAGAAUUGACCCAAAUGAUGCUGAAAUAUGCAAUAUAAUAGGAAACAAUUUCUAUGAUGAAAAAAAAUAUGAAGAAGCAUUAGAUUUUUAUUCCAGAGCUAUCGGAAUAAAUCCUAGCAAUGCAAAAUAUCAUAAAAAUAAAGGAGAUGCGUUCGAAAAAUUAGAAAGGAAUGACGAAGCUAUAGAUAGCUAUCAUCAGGCUAUUAAAUGUGACUCAAACUAUGCUAUGGCAUAUAAUCUUAUUGGAAAUCUGCUUUAUUAUAACUACCAAUAUGAAGAGGCAAUAGCAUACUACAAUAAUGCUAUUAGAAUCAGCCCCGAGUAUUCAAUUUACUAUCGUAAUAAAGGGGAUACUUUACGUGCAUUAGGCCGAAAUAGAGAUGCUAUAGAUUUAUAUAAUCAAGCUCUUCUAAUUGAUCCUAAUAGCAGCAUGGCAUAUCUUGGCCUUGGAAAUGUCUUUUGUAACGCAAAAAGGCAUAAAGAAGCACUGAGCUAUUUUAAUGAAGCGAUCCGUAUCGAUCCUAACAAUCCUGCUUUCUAUACACACAAAGGAACAGCCCUUAGCGAACUAGGUAGAAAAGAUGAAGCUAUGGAGUGCUUUAACGAAGCAAUUAGAAUUAAUCCGAAUUAUGCUAAAGCAUAUAGUAGCAUCGGAUUAAUGUAUCAUAACGAUAAGAGGUAUAAAGAAGCUAUAAUACAAUUUAAUAAUGCAAUUAGAGCCAAUAAAAAAGAUCCGCAGCUCUAUUUAGAAAAAGGAAACACUCUAAAGGAGCUAGGACAAAAAGAUGAAAUGAUGGGUUGCUAUUAUGAAGCUAUUAGAAUUAACCCAAAUUUUGAUACAGCAUACAAUAACAUAGGAUAUAUAUUUGGUGAGGAAGGAAAUUAUGAAGAAGCAAUAAAAUAUUACGAUCAAGCUAUUAGACUUAACCAAAGAGUGGCAGCUUAUUAUAGAAAUAAAGGAAUUGCUUUAAGAAAGCUCAAUAGAGCGGAAGAAGCAAUUGAGUGUGAUAAUGCAGCUAAUAGUAUAGAAAGUGAGUCCAGAAUAACUAUCUAA